GUACCUAUACGUACGUUCCUUCCUUCAAGAGAGGCAUGGAAGAUGAAAGCUACACCAAUUCGCCAAAUGGGUUCAUCACAGCAAGUCCUGAAAGCCCUUCCUUAAAACCAUGCAAUACCACCACCACAAUUAACCAUCACAGCAACAAUAACAAUAAUAAUAAUAAUAAUAAUAAUAAUAAUAAUAAUAAAAAUAAAGAACAAGAUCGCUUUCUCCCUAUUGCAAACGUCGGAAGAAUCGUGAAAAAGGCCAUACCUGGCAGUGGAAAAAUCUCCAAGAAUGCAAAAGAAACAGUUCAAGAGUGUGUGUCUGAGUUCAUCAGCUUUCUCACAGGCGAAGCCUCAGACAAAUGCCAAAGGGAAAAGAGAAAGACUAUCAAUGGAGAAGACAUCAUUUGGGCCAUCACAACCCUAGGAUUUGAGGACUAUAUCGACCCCUUAAAAUCCUAUCUUCAAAAAUAUAAAGAGAUUGAAGGAGAGAAGCUUAACAUUCCUAAGCAACUACGUUCUGAACAAAAGCUACAUCAACAGCAACAUCCCCAACACCAAGACCAAGAUAACAAUCUACCUUUAAGUAAUAGUGUAUAUUCCUCUCCAACUCUCAUUUCUCAGACAUCUUAUGUACCCACCGAUCAACUAUUUUCCUUACCAUUCUCCCCAAAUUUGAUUCAGAAACAGUUACAACAGCAAGACCAAAUCGAUUCUUCGGGGCAAUGGCCUAUAAAUAAAGAACCAGAGACACCAGCCAGAACCAGCAAUCCAGUGCCAGAAAGCAGCAAAGUUACGUCACUCAGGUCAGUGUCUCGGUCCCGCAAAAUUAUCACCGAAACAUUUUGGCGCCCACCGUGGGGCCGAGGCUUGAAGAUUCCUGAUGGUUACCACAAGGAACAUGGACAACAAUUCAGUAGGUUUGAUCAGAGAGCUGCAGGCCCAGUUAGAGGCGCAAGCAAAACGCAUGGAAGAACAGGCCCAGAUGAUACGCCGACAACAAGAAUUUCAACAAACACAAGCCAAGCAGAUGGAGGAGCAAGCCCAGAUUAUACACCAACAACAAUUGUUGCAACAAAACCAAGCUGA